AUGGGUUGCGUUCAGUCUUCUGGCGUCGACGAGGAGGCCAAGGCCCGGAACGAUGAGAUUGAGAGCCAGUUGAAGAAGGACCGCAUGAUGGCGAAGAACGAGAUCAAGAUGUUGCUGCUUGGUGCGGGAGAGUCGGGCAAGUCGACGGUCCUCAAGCAGAUGAAACUCAUUCACCACGGCGGCUACAACGAGCAGGAGCGCGAUUCGUACAAGGAGAUCAUCUUCUCCAACACUAUCCAGUCCAUGCGCGCCAUCCUCGAGGCCAUGCCGCAGCUCGACAUCCCGCUGACCCCGCAAAACGACGCCCGCCGCGCGGUCAUCAUGUCCAUGCCCAUGCAAAUCGAGGCCGACGUCCUCCCGCCGGACGUCGUCGACGCCAUCCGCAGUCUCUGGAAAGACCCGGGCGUCAGGCAGGCCGUUCAGCGCUCCCGCGAGUUCCAGCUCAACGACUCGGCCGUGUACUACUUCAACUCCAUCGACCGCAUGGCCGCGCCCAACUACAUGCCGACGGACCAAGAUAUUCUCCGCUCCCGUGUCAAGACGACGGGCAUUACGGAGACCACGUUCAAGGUCGGCGAGCUUACCUACAAGCUGUUCGACGUCGGUGGUCAACGGUCAGAGCGGAAGAAGUGGAUCCACUGCUUCGAGAACGUCACCGCGUUGGUGUUCCUCGUCUCCUUGUCGGAGUACGAUCAGAUGCUGUACGAGGAUGAGAGUGUGAACCGUAUGCAGGAGGCGCUCACUCUUUUCGACUCCAUCUGCAAUUCAAGAUGGUUCGUUAAGACCUCGAUUAUCUUGUUCCUGAACAAGAUCGACUUGUUCGCGGAGAAGUUACCACGGUCACCACUUGGCGACUACUUCCCCGACUACACGGGCGGUGACAACUACGACGCCGCAUGCGACUACCUCUUGCAUCGUUUCGUGUCGCUUAACCAGUCGGCGGCGACGAAGCAAAUCUACGCGCACUACACGUGUGCAACGGAUACGCAGCAGAUCAAAUUCGUCCUCAGCGCCAUCCAGGACAUUCUGUUGCAGCUUCACCUGCGCGAGUGUGGAUUGCUGUAG